GGCCGCGUGACCAGUUGUUGUGGUGGUGCUGGGGGGCCCGGACGAUCCCCGCCAACCAUGUCACGUAGACCCUUGUGAGGCCAUAAUUAAUCAUUCCCCCGGUACCGAGUAAAGAUAACCAUGCAGGUGAGUCCUUAAGUAUCUGGUGCUGAGUUUGAGCCGAGGAAAGGAAGUGUGUGAAGUGGGGAAGCGGUGGAGGACGAGGUCUAAGGAGGAGGAGGGAGUGAGGAGGCAGACAAGUGAAGGUGAAGUUCCCUGUGGCGCUGACGAAGGGGUCUUAGGGUGCCCUUGACCUGACCUGACCUUCCCGGCGCCAAGAACACGACGCCGUUUGACCCUGGAGAGGAAAAAAUGCGGUAGCAGUCAGCUGGCGUGAGGCCGAGAGGGAGGCAGCCCAACCUGACCCCUGGACCUCCCAAAUUCCUCAGAGAAUGGAUAUACCUGAAGGAGCAGUUGUGCAGCAAUAUAAGAAAAGGUGAACUUCAGCUCUGUUGCGAUCGCAAGGAGAACACGGUUUCUUCACAAACAUAAUUUGCAGCUUGCUGGGCAGGGCCACAGACUUUAGGUUCUUGUGGUCUUGCACCCUCGCAUUGAGAUGUGGUUGCCACAGCCCGAGGACCCACCAUUCCUGACGGUGGGAACAGAGGUGUCUGCCAAGUACAAAGGCGCUUUCUGUGAGGCAAAGGUCCACAAGGUGGUCAAGGUUGUUAAGGUCAAGGUAACAUUUAAGCUUGGCCUAGGGUCCACAGUGGUAUCAGAUGACCUGGUAAAAGGGGUGCUUAAGAUAGGGGCACAGGUCAAGGCCAGCCACCCAGAGAAAAACCAGUAUGUGGAUGCCAUCGUCAACAAGAUUCAGGAUUGCAGCCAGUAUACUGUUGUGUUUGAUGACGGGGACAUAACAACUCUGCGUCGCACCUCAUUGUGUCUGAAAAGUGGCCGCCACUUUGCUGAAAGCGAAACCCUGGAUCAGCUACCUCUGACCCACCCAGAGCACUUUGGCACACCAGUGGGAGGUGCUCGAAGAGGACGCAGGUCCAGGCAGAACCCAGAGGGCGAAGAGUCUGGGGAUGAAGAUGAUGUCCAUAAGCGUCAUCGGUCACGGCGUGAAGAGUGGGAGUCAGACAUAGGGAAGGUCGUGUGUGUGGAACUUGGGGACAAGAAGAAACAGAAGGACAAUUGGUUCCCUGGUUUGGUUGUCGCUCCAACCUCCCAAGACUCUGUUAAGAUAGAGACCAAGAAGGACUACCUUGUCAGAUCGUUUCAGGAUGGCAGAUACUACACGGUCCCCAAGAAGGAGGCCUCACCGUUUAGCAGAGAAGUUGGGAGUAAGGUGUCUCAAAGUGCCCUCAAGAUAGCCGUGGAGAAGGCCUUGCUAUUCAUGACCAGGGACGAGCUGCCGCCUCACUGGGAUCGUGACCUGCUGUUUGGGAUGGAUGUGUCGGAUGAUGACAGCGACAGGGAUGGAUCAGACUCGGAUAGCUCGGAUGAUGAGCCGAGAGAGGAGAAGGACCAUUUUGUUGCUCAGCUGUACAAGUUCAUGGAGGAGUGUGGGGCCCCCAUUAACAGCGGGCCAACUGUUGGCAGCAAAGACCUUGACCUCUACAAGCUCUUCAAGGUUGUGCAGAAACUUGGUGGUUUCAACCGUGUGAUGAACCAGAACCAGUGGAAGGUCGUGUCCAACAAGAUGCAGCUGCAGGCCCUUGGUUCUCAGGGACCCAAUCUCAUCAAGGCUGCCUACAAGAGGUACCUUCAGAGCUUUGAGGAGUUUUAUCGCAAGCUGGGGUGCACCAUGGUGAGCAACCCCCGGGGCUCCCGCAUGAGGCACCGCUCAGGCCGCAGUCUCAUCAGGGACUGCGACCGCACGCCUCGCACCUCCAAGAAGAAAGAAAACGACAGCUGUGACUCCACGGAGGAAGAGGGCGAGAAAAAGGAGGAGGAGGAGAUAGCAUCACCAGUGGUGGUCAGGAAGACAGAGAGGAGGAAAGCCGAGAAGGAAGAUACCAAGAAAGCUGAAGAAAAGAAGGAGGCAGAGAAGGAACCAGAUAAGAAAGACUCCGACAAAAAAGAUACGGAGAAGAAAAAGGAGGAAGGCAAGGGUGGCAGGAACGUCAAACACGAACCAGCAAAGGUCCCGGAGGAUGAACCAGCCAUGACGAGGGAGCGGUCGAGGGAAUCUGGCGGAGCAAGAGAACGGUCAAGGGAAUCCACAGCGUCUGCACGGGAGCGGUCGAGGGAGUCCACUGCGUCAAGAGAACGGGCAUCCAGAGAGCAGCAGUCGGUCAGCAAGGAGCGCACCAGAGAACAGUCAGGCCCAAGGGAUACCGGGAGUGAGGCACCAACCUCUAUAAAGGACAAACUGAGGGAGCCCAGGACGCCCCGAUCUGAAGGCAAGACGAGAGCUGCUCUGGCCGCCAAGAAUGAGGCCGAGGUGAAGACCCGGUCCAGCACUGUGAAGGAGGAGAAGGAGGUGCCGGAGGUAAAGACUCGCUCCAGCACCAGGGAGGAAAAGAAGGAGAAGAAGGAGGCUCUUGAAGAUGAUGAAGAGGAGGUGGAAAUGGCACAGACCCGCUCUUCCGUUAAGCACCUGGAGGAGACUCGUGAGAAGGAGGAGCCUUCAACCCCCUCCAGGAAGACACUCACCCCCACCAGGAAGGCCAAGGCUGUGGCGGCUGAGCGUCCCAGCGUCAGCAGUUCAACCUCCACUCCGACUACAGUUGCAGCCUCAACCCCCACCACUACUGCCACCACCACCACCACAACCACCACCACUGCCAACAGCAGCAGCAGUAGCAGUAGUUGCAGCAGCAGCAGUGCAGCGGUAGGAGCAGCAGGAAGCACAGGGACAGUCUCCACCUCAGCCAUCACCACUGCUGUACCUUCCUCCUCUUCAUCAUCGUCAUCUUCCUCUUCUUCCUCCACCACCUCUUCCAUGGGCGGCACUACUACCCGCACCCCCACCCCGACCCUCACCCCCACCCCAACCCCCGACCAGGAUGACGAUGAGGAUGACGAGGAUGACUCCAGCACCUCCAAUGCCCCCUCUUCCUCGGCCCUCUUCGGCAGCCCCGGUGACAGGAAGGCCAAGAAGACCAAGGCACUCAAGGGGGCGCCAGGCCAGCCUCUGUCUGCUUUUGCAAUAACUGAUGACGCAUGUAACAAGAAGCGGGGCAGGAAGAAGAAGGUGGAGGGGGAGGUGGAGCCACCCGCUGUUUCUUCUGUUCUCUGCAGGGGCAAGUCCCUCAUUCCUGCUCAUGUGCCAGUGAGUGUUGGGGACAAGCUGCGAGUCCUGUAUGGUCCCAGCGCCAAAGAGUCCAAAAUCACUUACGAGGCCAAGGUCCUUGAGGUUGAGGAGGAGGGCAGUGCCCCCAUGUACUAUGUCCACUACCUGGGCUGGAACACCAGGUACGAUGAGUGGAUCAGGCGGCCACGCAUCGCCGAGAACAUCACCUGGUCCCAGAACCGUGCCAAGAAGGGCCGGGCCGCUGCCACCAAGGAACUCAAGGAAAAGAAGAAGGAGAAAGACACUAAAGAGCCUCUGAAGAAGGAUGAGAAGGACCCUGCUCAAGCAGCAACCGUAGCCUCCCCCAAGGCCAUCUCCAGCAAGCGAGGCCGGCCGUCAGUAGGAACCCGCGAGCGCAGGGAAAGUGACCGCAGUGAGAAGAGUGACACAAGUGUCACCAGCAAUGUCUCAGGACCCAGCACCCGGGCAGCCAAGGACCGGGGACUCUCCCAGCCUGACAGCCCCUACUCAGAUCAACGGCGACCUAAACAAGCUGGAGCAGUGGAGAGUGACAGUGAGGACUAUGAGUCUGAUGGUGACACGGGCUCUGAGAAGUCCCGCACUCGCUCCUGCUCAGACCGACGCAGCACAACGUUACUUGCAUCCUCCUCUGUGUCUUCCACUCUGACUUCAGAGCCUUCCACCAGCAGCACAACCACCACUGCCACUUCCACUGUAGUUACUGCCACCACCACGAGCACCACCACCACCACCACUGCCAUUGCCACUCCAGCCACUGCUACCACUGACAAGCCUCCUCGAGAAUCCCUGAUAAAGUUUGAGCCCACUGAAGUUAAGGAGGAGGCAGAAGAACAUAAACCUUGUGGUAAAGAUAUUGACCUGAAUGCCAUCAUCUCAGAAAUGAAAGGUUUGGACAAACCACUGAAGAAAGAGGAAGACCGCAGCCUGAAGGAGGCUCCUCCUCGGUUGAUAUCCCCAGUGAUGCCCACAACAACCUUUGUUCCACCAGAAAAGAAGGUGGGUGCUUCCCCCAUCAAGCCAUGCACAACAGACAGUCUUCCAAAGAAACUGACUGAAUCCCCAGGCAAAUCAGUGACCCAGGACUCCACUAAAUUGUUGUCUCCUAAACUAGAAAGCCUGGAAGAUGAUAUAUAUGAGUUUAAAGAGCCAGAACCUUUUGAUUUUGGUGAAAUAAGAGCCAGAAAAGAUGUAAGGAUCAAGCCCAGCAUGGGUGGUGUCUCCUCUGAAGACAGUGAUCCUGAGGGAAAGAUGAAGAAAAAGGGAAGACCCAGGAAGGACAUGAAGGACAGUGAUGGGGACAAGACAGAGUCAGACAGUGACAGCUCUCCAAGUCCACAGAAGCGACUUCUCAUGCCAAGGGAAACGAGGGAAUCGCCAGCAAAGCGACUUGCAGAAGGCAGCAAAGAGGCUGCUGCUCCGGUUCUUACAGAAGCAAGUACAAACCCCGAAAAGAAGGAUGCCAUCACGAUCGCCACCAUCAUGUCUCCACCCCGGAAGGUGCUCCUGAAGAGGGACAUCCCCAUCAAGGUGGAGGCAAUUGUCCCUGCCAUAACAGAGGCAAAAAUCAUCAAGCCAGAGUUUCCCAAAUGUCCGUCUCCCAAAGGAAGCAUAGCGGAGGGUACCCCCAAGAUUCCUCUGCCCCUCAAGGAACCAGUGAGACUGCAUGUGAUCCCAGUGAAGGCCAAAUCUGUUGGGGUCUUAGAUCGACCUGUGACAGCCAUUUCUAAGCCUCUUGGCGCAUCCUCGCACCUUCUCACUCAAGCUGUAAUCCCUGUUAUAGAAUCGAAGGCCCUUGCAAAGCCCGUUCCCAAACAGUUUGAAGUUAGGAGUGACAAACCACCACCACUGCAAGUCAAAACUGAUGACAAGGUGGAAGCAAAGGUGAUACCAUUCUCACAGAGGCAGCAGCACAUAUUCCCACACCUUCUCAAUAGACCUGAGCCAGCAGAGAAGCUAAAAGAGGCCCAGCAAAGAAUUGCAUCACCUUGUAUUCACUCUCCUCCCAGGGAAGCUGCCACUUCCACUGCCUCUACCUCCACUUCCACCUCUACCUCUACCUUCACCUCCACAUCUACCUCCACCUCUACUUCUACUACCACAUCUACUUCCACUUCUACGUCCACCUCCGAGUCUGGUGUCCAGAGUGGGCUAGAGACUGAGAGGUCCAAGAGGGAGAGCUCUGUGGAAGAGAGCAUAGAGGCUGUUGUAAAGAAGUCACGGCAAGACCAGCAGCAGCAGCAGCAGCCAGAGGAUGAUGGCGGCAAGGGUUCAGACAAGAAACGGAGGUCGUCCUCCAGGGGUAAGAAAGUGCUGAGCCGGGAGUUUGUUCCAGAUACGUCAGAAGAGUCAGAUUCAGAUAACCGCCUGUCUCAGCCUGACCAGGAGGGAAGGGUGAAGAAAGGGAAGGCAGCCUUAGAUGCAGGGGAGAAAGGGCCAGACUUCAGCAGGGGGCAGAAGCAGUUGACAGAGGCAGAAAAGAAAAGCGGAAGGAGAAAAGCAGGUGAAGCUACCACUGAGGAGGAGGAUGGCAAUGAGGAGGAAAAUGAAGAGGAAGAUGAUGAUGCUGAUGGAGAUGAAGAUGAUAGUGAAGUAUUGUCUCCCUCAUCAGCGUCAAAGGCCAAGGGAGGUGGCCGGAGGUUAGAUGUGGCUAGCGACCAAGACCAAGAAGACAACACAGAUGAGGACUUGAGGCACCAUCGCAAACGGCCAAGAGCAUCUGCCUCUGCCACGCCAAAACGGCCCGAGGAAGAGGCAGAGACUGGACUGGGAGACUUGUUGUGUGAGGAAACCAUUCCUCCAGGCAGCCCAGUGACCCAUGAUGGCUCUUGUGCAGAGCCCAGUCCACAGCAGCACCCAGAUGUGAAGAAUGAGAUGCCAUUUGCCAGUGUUCCCACUGGCAGCAGCUUCGGGAAGAGAGGACCCAUCCCUGUUGGAGGACAAAUACCUGCAGUGACGGCCUCUUCAUCGUCAUCCUCUUCCGCUGCUCACCAGACCACCACUUUAUCCUCGCCUACCUCCACCCCAUCUGUGCCACCGCUCAUCCUUCCUCCACAGCCGCUUCCCAGCCAUCACCAGCAGCCUCUCCAGUCACAGCCAAAAUUGCCUCAGCAGCAACAGCAGCCAAAGCAUCAGCCGUUGCUCAUCCCUCAAGUGCACCAGUCUUGUCAGCAGAAGAUUCAGCAGCAGCAGCAGAAAUCUCAAACGCAGCAGCAAAUACAACACCAGCAGACACAACACCAACAGUUACCACAUCAGCCAGUCUCUAAGCCAUCCCAGCUUCAGCACCUUCCAUUACACUCUCAGAAGCAACAGCAGCAACAAACAACACCACUGACCCAGAAGCAUCCCCCUCAUGCCCCCUCUGCCAUGACUGGCCAGUUGUCGGGCCCACCACUCCACACACAGUCUGGCAGCGGCAUGCAGAGCCACCAUCACAAGCAUGGGGUUCCAGCAGGGAUGCAGCCGCAGCACCAAGGCUCACCCAUGCAGCACUCACAGCAGACUCAACAUUCUCAGACACAGCACAAUCCCCAUGUCCAUCAGCAUUUGAAGGUGCCACAGCAGCAGCAACAACAACAACCAUCACCACAGCAAUAUCAUCAGCAACAACCACCGCACCCACCACCACAUCAACAGCCGCAGCAGCUGCAAAAGUCCCAGCAACAGUCACACCUCCACCAUCACCAUCACCAGCAUCAGCACCACCAACAUCAGCACCACCACCAUCAGCAACAGCAACAGCAGCAGCAGCAGCAUCAACAUCAGCAACAGCAGCAACAACAACAGCACCACCACCCCCACCACCACCUGGGUCAACCUCAGUCACAGCUCAAGGUCCAUCAUCCACUCCAUCACCACCACCAUCACCAGCAACAUCAUCAACACCCACAGCAACUGCAGCAGCAUCACCAACAGCAGGUGCAGCAGCAUCACCAACAGCAACAACCACCACCACCACCACAGUCCCAACAACAGCCUUCCCCACAACAGUCACAACCCCAGCAGCAGCAGCGCUACUCCCCCUCCCCUGGGGUGCUGCGUCACCCUCCUGAAGGGGACCCGUACCUCCCACAGGAGCAGCAGUACCAACGCCUCACUCCUAGGUCUGGGGCAGUUAUGUCUGGCAACCUUGGGGCUGCAGGACUUCCCCUUGGGUCUGCCCAGCCCUCCAGAAUGUCUGGCCAUGGGGGGGCCUCUGGGGGAGCAUCCACUUCGGGGGGGCCUGCAGCACGGGAGCCUGGCGGUGCUCAGAACACCCUCAUAGACAACACGCCGCCCACCACGCCGGAGAGCAUCAUUUCCAACCUGUCAGAUUCUCCCAGAGGGGAUAAUGAGGGUGCCAAAAUUGAUGAUUCCAGUAAAUCAGGGAGAGACUCAUCUGAAGUUGAGCUGGAUAGUUUAGGAGACCACACCAAGAUUGAUCAGUUCUCAGAAGACUCCAACACGAUGGAUAGCACUCUUGGGAGUGAGCCGCGCCGUCGAGGGGCAAUGAUCAGCCCGGUGAAGCGACAGCAUGAAGGUGCCAUGGGGCAGGCGGGGCUGGGUGACUGUGAAGGCUCAGAGACUGAGGAAGGCAAUAUGACACCAGCCAUGCCCAAGAGGCGACGGCGAGGACCUCGGGCAAGGGCAAACGAUCUGGAGGAUGACGAUGGCCUGAGGAAGGGAAUGGGUCAGGGAGCCUGCUCAGGGCGGAGGCGGCGACGUCAUUCCUCGUCGCGUGGAGGGCUUCAAAUUGACGAUGACAGCGAAACCAGUGGAUUAUCGGCCUUGUCUCUAGCAUGCAGUGCUGCCAGACGGUCCAGAUACAACUUCUGCCAGGAACUAGACCCUGACCUGGACGCCACCAAGAGGAUAGCAGUGUUACAGUCCCGGAUUCAGGAGCUGAAGAGAACCUACAUGCAGGUCAAGACUGAGUUGGCUUCUGUUGAGCGCAGGCGGAAAAAGCUACGCAGGAAAGAACGGGAAAAGGAUGCAAAACCGGAGCUCACGUAACAUGAGGUGAGGGGACGGGUCUGCCCCAGUCAUCUGUGAUCUACUGUGCUCAGUGGUGUUGCUAAAAAGUGAAGAAAAAUAUAAGGAAGGAUCUCAAUAGUUUCCUGUAAGACAUGGGUUGGUAAUGUAUUUAUUAGCCUCUAAGGUGAUGUUUUAAACCCUGGUUUUAAGAGUCAUUGAGUUUUAAUGUUGGAGCCGUGGACUCGACACAUUUUAUGUGAGUUGGACUCGUAGAGCAACUGUGUCUUUGGGAGAAAGCAACUAUCAGGCCAUAAGGAGUGCCUUGGUACAUGUUAUGGGUUCUUGUAGGCUGGGGAGUAGGGAGGGUAAGCUUUAAUGCUGGAGUGUGUUGUGGGCGUUGCCAUGCUCGGUGAUCUGUAACCUCGGAAGACAGAGAGAUAUUCAAAGUUGUUGUACAGUGCUCAUAUUACUCUGUAAAUAAGACAUGCACUCAAGUGAUAUUUGCAGUACUUUUUUAUUGUUAUUUUUUGUAGUAUAAGUACUACCAGUUCAUUUUGGUGUUGCAAGAUUAACUUUGAAGAAAGUUAAUGCCUUUGUAAGAAUAUGUAUAUAGUGAAUAAGGUACAUAUGGAUGAAAGAAGACUGAGUGAGAAGAAAAUUAUCUAUUUCACCAUAAAGUAUUUAUGAAAAUUUGUAAUAUUUUUUAUACAGACUUGAGAAUUUUUUUACUGUAUCUUCCUUAUUCAUAAAGUAGGAAAAAUAUUUCCUGUGAAGUACAACUUGUGCAUGUGUGGGUCCUUGCAUGAGCCAAGUCAAGUCUCGCAUUUUUGGUUUUUAACUGUUAACCACAUACUAUAAAUAUAUAUAUCAGCUGUAAUUUGACUAGUUGAUUGCCAGUUUCCAUUUAAAAAAAAUUGUUAAGCUUUGUAGCUCAAUCAAUUUUCCUCUCCUUAGAAAAGCAAUCAAAUGUGACUAGAAACAGUAUCAAGCAUCAACAGAUCAGACUACAGCUCUACCAUUGCCAAUGUUACCUGAUGCCCGUGGAGGGGAGGGGAGGAAGGAGGAGGAGAAGUAGGAGGGGUCAGAGCUUCCCUCCCAUUGGGUGAAAGCCAGGCAGGUGUAUUCUUAAUUAAAACUACUCGAGUGACAUAGCUUUAGGGUUACCACUACAGAGUAAUUGACCUAAUAUACUUAAGACAUAGAUAGGAACAUUGCUUCAUUGUACUCUACUACUACAACUGCUGCCAUUCUGACUGUCACAAUACUACAGUAACACCGGCUGUUUCUACUGUUUUACUGCUGCUACUACUAUGGAAACUACUACUACUACUACUACUAUUACCACGGCUAUCAUCCUCCACCACUCCGACUUCUACUAUUGUGUCUUAUCUCUUAAGCAUUGCCAGAGCUUCUCUUUCAUUUCCUUAUACAUAUACAAUUGCAACUAAAAUCGUUAUGUGCCCCAUCAAGAAGGUUAUGCAGACUAAGGGCUCUUCUGGUAGCUCUGCCAUCUUGUGCUCAAGUGGUGCUUUCAGACUCCAGCCACUUUUGUAUAGAUCUGAGUAUUAUCAAGCUGUUCUCUUUCUCUCCUUCAGACACAAAACCUAUACUACACACCUCACCAACUAACCAGACCCAGUGGCUGUGUCUGCCUGUCUGUCUGUCUGUCUUUGCCUGUCUCUGUUCUGUCUGUUCUGUAAGUACCCCAGACAACUAACUACCUAGGAGUAAUAAUACACUACUACAGUCACUUGUUCUGUUAUGUGAAGUGCUUGUUGAAUAUUAUAAUUAUUGAUUUAGAUGGUUAUAACACACACACACACACACACACACACACACACACACACACACACACACACACACACACACACACACACACACACACACACACACACACACACACAUACACACACUUGCUGAUGAAAUGGUCAUACCUGUAAUUCAAGUUGAGGCUUAUUAUUGCUUUAAGUACUCCAAGAUGCUCUCCAGAACAGACUUUUGAGUUAUUGGCUAAAAAUACAAAAAUAAAAAAAAAUUGCAUGUAAUGUGAUUGGGUGCAAGGGAAUGGCAGACAAAAUCUUUAAAUGCAAGCCAGCCAGUUAGCCAGCAGCCAACCUAGCCAAUCCAAGCCAAUACAAGCCAAGCCAAGCCAAUACAAGCCAAGCCAAGCCAAGCCAAGCCAAAUCAGCAUCACGAAGACUGAAUGAAGCACGUAAGGCAACACAAGUGGGUAACAGACACACAUGUUAACUGCUGUACAGCCUUAAUUUGUUACACAAGAAUCCUAAAAAUACAUGUUUUAUGUUCAAAGAAAAGUGA